CAGGCCAGAACUGGGCCAUUAUUGGCCCGAUAAUGAUUGUUCUGGCUAGCAGGUGGUUAAGUGCUGGCAUAUUGCUGGCAGUCAUGGCUGGGAUCCGGGCAGCCGUAUACGGGCCACAAUCUAACCGUCAUUCAUUUUGACACCGGGCCAGAUCCGGCUGCCGGAUGUGGGCCGACACAAAAAGUUCCGGCAUGCCGGAUAUGGCCCAGAACUGGGCCAUACAUUUUUUGCUAGCUGGGAAGUGGAGGGGUAACAAGCCCUCUUUCCUUUGCUUCAUGAAUGAAUUUAAAUCAUACUAUUCUGUAUUAAAUAGAUUGAAAAACUGGAAAACUGCUAGAAUCAUCUCACAUCAGAUCUCUAAAAACUUACUGUUUUAAGUUUCUCAUUGUAUUACUGUAUGGCUUUUCCUCUGUUAAUAAUAAUAAUUAUUAUUAUUAUGUUGCGCCCCCUAGAUUGUAAUUUAUAGGUAUGACAUCCUCCACGAGAAUUUGUAUUCUUUUGUAUUGUUCUGUAUGUUAUGUUGUUUAAAAUAAAAUUGAUAUAAAAAAAAAAAAAAAAAAAAAAAAAAAAAAAGAGCAAAACCAGCGGGAGGUGAACACGCCCACCACUUUCUUUCCCACAACGAAGCACCCAGUAGCCAACAGCGUGGUUAUUGGAUCCAUCUGCAUCUUUAGUUCUGCAUGUUUACAAAACUGGAUCUGUAUGGGCAGCCUACAAUGAAGACAAUAUUACAUGUGAUAGUGUUUGUUGUGCUUCAUGUUCAUCCAACAGUUACCAAGAUGGUGCAGUGCUAUGCUACUUUCUCCUCAACAAAUGGACAAUGCAGUGAUGUUUUGGGUCAAGUUUCACUGGAUGACUGCUGCAUGAACCUGAAGUAUGGUUAUCAAGACGAAAGCAAUGAGUGCAAGUCUUGUAGGUUUGCCUUAUGGACAGAGUGGUCCUCAUGGAGUUCUUGCACAGUUACAUGUUCUGACGGAGUGAGGCAGCGACGACGUGCUUGCUAUGGCAUAGGAAUUUGCCCAGACAGUGAGAAACUAGGAAGCAUACAGACUGAACCUUGUGCAGACCAAAGCUGCUGUCCAGAAAACGGAGGAUGGUCUAAUUGGGGUGCAUGGGCGCCAUGCUCUGUCACAUGUGAAAAAGGAGUCAUGUCAAGAAACAGAUUCUGUACCGAGCCUCCCCCUAAGUGCAUGGGAACUUGUGUGGGCAUGAACUUGGAAGCGACAGAUUGUGACACAGGAAUUGUCUGUCCAACGCAUGGAGGCUGGUCUUCUUGGAGUAACUGGGGUCCUUGUGCGGGGACGUGUAAAGUAGAAGGAUUUUUACCACCUGAACAACAGCGGACGAGGACGUGUACAAACCCUCCACCAUCUAUUGAGCCACAAGGCAAUGACUGUCAAGGUUCUAGCACAGACAUUCAGCAAUGCGCAUGGCUCCCGUUUUGCCCAGAGAAUGGAAACUGGGGAGCUUGGUCAUCUUUCUCUCCUUGCUCUGUGACUUGUGGGGUGGGGCGACACACAAAGCAACGCGAAUGCGACAAUCCUGCACCAAAACAUGGUGGCCAGUACUGCAGUGGACAAACCACUGAAAUCAGCCUUUGCACAAUUCAGACUCCCUGCCCAGCGGAUGGUCACUGGGCUGAGUGGGAAGCAUGGACUGCCUGCCGAUCCACCAACUACAAAAAUAUAAAUUGCUUGAACAGAUUUGGAACGCGGAUGCGAAGGCGGAAAUGUGUAGGAUGUGAGUAUGGAGGAAAGUCCUGUCCUGGUGAAAAUUGGCUAAAGAAUAACUGCUAUGAUGUUGAGAAAUGCAAAGUGGGACCUAAAGAACAAAUACCACAAGCAAAAUGGUCUGAAUGGUCUGAUUGGAGUUACUGUCAACCUAAUUGUGGACAAAAUUCAACACAGACAAGGAAGCGGGUGUGUGAACCUGACCGCUCAAAAUACAGCGAGCCAGAUGUAGAAUUAGCAGGCACACUUGCAGGCAAUCUUGUCUGCCUACCUAUGCCAAUAACAGAAGAAACCAAACCAUGCUUUAAUGUUCCAGAGUGUUAAAGCAACUCAACAGAGGACAUGCAUUUAAAAUGCAAUUUGUUUUUAUUUUUAAGUUUAUUGUGACUAAGAUGUAACUAACAAAAAAGAUAAGAUGACACGACAAAUUACAUGCAGCUUUGUUAAGUAAAUCACAAGAAAACAUGCAUGUUUUAUAAAAAAGAUUUCAUGUUUUUCUUGUGCUUCAAUUAGUUUUUUGAAUGAGUAUAUAUAUAUAUAUAUAUAUAUAUAUAUAUAUAUAUAUAUAUAUAUAUAUAUACAGUAUAUAUAUAUAUAUAUAACAUUUCUUUCAUGUUUUAGUACCUUAGUAUGGUAAACUUUUAUAUUGAGCAAAUAUUCAUAAUAAAAUACAUUUUAAAAGUCUGUACAUCUUUUGUAGAGUUUGGUAUACCAUAGGUUGUUUUUUUUUUAGUUUCCAUUAAUUUGUCAAAGAGAUAAGCAAUACAGUCAUAACAUGGUAUAUGCAAUUAUAUAUCUUAUAGUAUCCAUACUAUUUUAUUAAAAAGGAAAGAUUGCUCAUGUUAUAUUCACAUGGUCGAUCCAAUGCAUUCUAAUUUCACUGAUCACAUCGGUUGGAUGGCAAGGCCAUGACACAUGACACGCAAAUCUAGGAGUCACCUCAUUAAUGGGAACAGAAAUGGCGCAUAGGGCUUGUGUUUCCUUAAACUAUUGCCUUUAUAAUGUAUGUUUUAAUAAACAGUGUUUUGCCAGCAA